UUCCAGUUGGUGCUGGUUCUAACAAAAUGCGAUUUCCAUAGUCUUUCUUUCUCACUUCCAUUCCAAUCCUAAUUAUUUGUCGCUCUUUCUUCCCUUCCAGUCCAUUCUUUCUCUUCUUCCCAUACAACCCCCGUACAUGCAGUCAGGGGAACCCCCUAUAUACACUCCCUGAAACAAACAACCCCGGCCUCCCCCUUUUGCGUCGCAUUGCAUCGCGUUACAUCGCAUCGCGUCUGUUCUUUUAUACCCUGGAUAUCCUCAUCGCGGUUUCAACCGGAUCCAGACCAUUUCAAAGAAAAACAAAAUGACAUCAUCGGCAUUAACACUAUUUCCUCGCGACGACGAGAAGCCCGUCAGUAACUUCACCAAGAGUGGAGUGCCGGGAAUUAUUAUCGGGGUAGUCGUCUUUAUCGCACUAUGCAUUUGCUGCUUCUUCCUCUAUCGCAAUCGACGACGAGAUACCCGCGAGGCCAAGUCGGCUCAGACGUGGAAUGACGAGGGGCAUGCAUAAGGGAUUACACUGAUCGGGGGAUGGGAUGGUCUGGUUGGUUGCUGUUUGGGAAGAUUCACAUUGUGUAUGGGGUCUGGGUAUAAUACUGUACUUUGAUGUUUGUUUUAUGUGGGUUGCUGCAUGUUUUUUUCUGGCUAUCACUUUCUUUGAUAUUCUGCGUUUGAUGCUCUAUUCGAUGCGCCUGGGGCGAUUAUGACUUCGAUACCAAUUUCAGGUCCGAAUGCACUAUUUUUGAAGAAUGAAUUGCUGUAAUGGGUCACGGAGCGCGU